UUUUUUUUUUUUUUUUUUCAAAAAAAAAAAAAAUUAAUCUUUUAAAAAAAAAUGCCUUCUUUUGAAUUUUUAUCAAAUUUAUCAAGUUUAUUAUCCCAAAGUUUACUUAAUACUCUUGAUAAUGAUGAAUAUUAUGAUAUUGCAAUUGAAGUCGGAAAUGACCCUGACGUAAAAAUAUUUCGUGCUCAUAUGGUUAUUUUAAGUUGUCGUUCUCCUUAUUUACGAAGAAUUUUGUUAGCCAAUAAAAGAAAAAGUGAAGAUGAAAAUUUGACGCAUAUUAAAUUACCAAAUAUUUUACCUGAAAUUUUUGAAAUAAUCUUAAGAUAUAUUUAUGGCGGAAAACUUGCAUUGGAAAAUAAUGAUACUUCAAAUGUCAUUAAAGUUUUGAUUGCAGUAAAUGAAUUAGGUCUUCAAGAAUUAGUUCCCCUAUUACAAUCCUUUUUGAUUAAUAGUAAUGUAAACUGGAUGGAACAAAAUUUUAAUUUGAUAAAACGUUCAAAUUAUUAAAUUUAUCAUCGAUUUCAGAAAAAUACUUAAUAUCUCUUAUUCGACAUGAAAAUUUUAAAAUAAGUGUAGUUAAAAUUUGGAAACAUAUUAUUAAAUGGGGAAUUUCUCGUAAUUCAGAAAUUCCUUCAGAUAUAACAAAAUUUUCAAAGGAAGAUUUCAAUGUAUUAAAGGAUACCUUAAAAGAUUGUGUUUCUUUUAUUAAAUUCACUAAUUUAUCAC